CUGGAAGCCCUUUGCAUGAAUUCAGUUGACUACAUACUGGUCUCGAAUUGGCAAUCCCUAGUGGCUUUACCAUUUUAUUCCGAAAAGUCUGGGUUCAAAGGAGUUGUCUACUCUACUGAACCUGUCGUUCAGUUUGGACGGCUAAUGAUGCAAGAACUCAUAAGCUACCACGAACGAAUCGUAUGUGAUGAUGUAGAUGACAGAUGGAAGGAUCCAUCUUUAUACUGGUAUCUUUUUUCAUCUCUUGUCAAUCAAAAAAGCGAAAAUUGUAUAAAUGCACUUCAUUUUGGUACUUUCCCGAGUGCGCCUACACGUAAUCCCUUGGAAUGGAAAUCAUUUUACUCAGAGAAAACGAUGGAGAGUGCCUUAUCUCGAAUUACAACUAUAUCUUUCAACCAGCCCGUCGUGAAGACGUUUAAGAAUCUAGAAGGGAAUGUUGUGGUCACUGCAUGUCCGAGCGGAUAUUCGAUAGGAUCUUCAAAUUGGAUGUUCAAAACCGAAUACGAACGUGUUAGUGAUCUUUAA